AUGCUCAAGCCCAAGGACCUGUGCCCCCGAGCGGGUACGCGCACCUUCCUGGAGGCCAUGCAGGCGGGCAAAGUGCACCUGGCCCGCUUUGUACUGGAUGCGCUGGACCGCAGCAUCAUCGACUGCCGCGCGGAGCAGGGCCGCACGCCGCUCAUGGUGGCGGUGGGGCUGCCGGACCCCGCGCUGCGCUCCCGCUUCGUGCGGCUACUGCUGGAGCAGGGUGCGGCCGUGAACCUGCGGGACGAGCGCGGCCGCACAGCGCUCAGCCUGGCGUGCGAGCGCGGCCACCUGGACGCGGUGCAGCUGUUGGUGCAGUUCAGCGGCGACCCCGAAGCGGCCGACUCGGCGGGCAACAGCCCAGUGAUGUGGGCGGCGGCGUGCGGCCACGGGGCGGUGCUCGAGUUCCUGGUGCGCUCUUUCCGCCGCCUCGGCCUGCGCCUCGACCGCACCAACCGAGCGGGUCUCACGGCGCUGCAGCUGGCAGCCGCUCGCGGCCACGGGACCUGCGUGCAAGCCCUCACCGGGCCCUGGGGCCGCGCAGCUGCCGCCGCCGCGGCCCGGGGCUCCAACUCCGACAGCCCCCCCGGCCGUCCGACUCCCGCGCCCAGCCCGGAGCGCCGACGACCCAGCCCCCGCCGCUUACCUCGGCCUCUCUUGGCGCGCUUUGCGCGAGCUGCCGGCGGCCACGGUCAUGGCGGCGAGGCUGGGUCAGGGGGCAAGGGCUCCGGCCGGCACCGCGCACAGGGCAGCGAGAGGCCCGAGCUGGGCCGGAGCAUGAGCCUGGCGCUGGGUGCUGUAACCGAGGAGGAAGCGGCUCGGCUGCGGGCGGGAGCACUGAUGGCCCGACCACACUCGCCUCAGUCUUCAGGGACCGGGCGGUGGCGUUCGCAGGAGGUGCUGGAGGGAGCGCCUCCGACCUUAGUGCAAGCCCCCAUUGGCCUGAGCCCCCACCCGGAGGGCGGCCCCGGCUCUGGCCGUUUGGGUUUGCGCCGACGCUCCACAGCUCCAGACAUCCCCAGCCUGGUCGGGGAGGCCUCAGGGCCCGAAAGCGGCGCGGAGUUAGAGGCCAACGCUCUGCCCCACUCGGUGCCUGGGCCUCAGCCUUGGCAGGGGGGCACGGAGGCCGUGGUGCUGCACGCUCAGCGGUAAACAGCGUCGAGGUUGAGCCCUGCUCCCCCUCCUCUUAUGUCUCUCCUCUGCUGGGAUUUCUUUUUUCCAGGUCCUUCACUUUCCUGGCAGUUUCCCUGGCCUGUGAUCCCAUAAUCUGUCCCCACUGCCCAGACCAGACUCCCUAAUCCUCUCUCUGAAAAGAAGCCCUAUUUUAUUUAUUUA